CCCUUCCAGUCUAUCUACCAGGUAUCACAAAAAAGGUGCGCCUAACCAGCCUUAUAUCGUCAAUAAGAAAGCUCUGCAGUAGGAAUACCAUGUUAUAGAUAGCUGGCUUAUUACCUCUUAACUCUUAUCAUUCUCCAUGGCCAUGGCUCCUAACUUCAUAUUUUUGCUUCUGACCACUGUUAUAAUUUUUUUGAUUCAAAAUCAUCGCCCCUUUGUAAGCGGCAAGGUUUUUAUUGUAUUGAUGGAAGAUGAUCCAGUUAUCACCUACAAAUCUAGUGUAAACUACAAGAUGAGCAGCGAUGAUGCUCAGAAGUACAAGGAGAAGGUUAUCAGCAGGCAUGACAUUUUUCUGGAGUCCCUCCUCCCUUCAGGAUCCUACACAAAGCUCUACAGCUACACUCACCUCCUCAAUGGCUUUGCACUGCACACAUCAUCUGAAGAGGCAAUUGAAGUUCUUCGAGAUGCAAGAGGAAUCCGAAUCAUCCAAGAGGAUAUCAAAAUGGUGAAGAUGACCACUCACACUCCAGAUUAUCUAGGCAUUCCAUCUGAAGUAUGGCCAGUACUAGGAGAAGCUGAGCAUUCUGGUGAAGGAGUGGUGAUUGGAAUGAUAGACACUGGGAUCAAUCCCGAUCACCCCAGCUUUUCUAAUUUGAGGACUGGACGGAGUCCUCGGCUUACAAAAUUCAAAGGGAGAUGUGAAAGUGGAAGCGAGUUUCCUCUCAGUGCAUGCAAUGGGAAAAUAGUGGGUGCACAGCAUUUUGCCCGUGCAGCAAUUGCUGCAGGUGACUUCAACUCCUCGAGUGAGUUUGCUUCAGCAUUUGAUUCUGAUGGCCAUGGAAGCCACACUGCUUCAACCGCUGCUGGAAAUUAUCGGAUCGCACUCAUAUCCAACGGCUAUAACUUCGGAUAUGCGAGUGGGAUGGCCCCAGGAGCACAUAUCUCUGUUUAUAAAGCUAUCUUCUCUUUUGGUGGGUAUAUGUCUGACGUUGUAGCUGCAGUUGAUAAGGCAGUGGAAGAUGGAGUUGAUGUUCUGAGCCUCUCAAUAGGACCUUCAACAAUUCCACCAGGACCUGCUUCUUUUCUCAAUAUCUUAGAGAUGGAGCUGUUGCUUGCAACAAAAGCGGGAGUUUUUGUAGUUCAGGCUGCUGGAAAUGGAGGGCCUGGUCCGAGCUCAAUCCUCUCCUUCAGCCCCUGGAUUAUGAGUGUGGCUGCCUCUUCCACUGACCGCAAGUACAAUAAUUCCAUGACGCUAGGCUCCGGGCAAAGCUUGUCUGGGAUUGGGCUAUCACCUCCAACUGCUGAAAACCAUUUCUAUACACUAGCUGCUGCAGAAGAUGUAUGCAGCACGAAUGCUAGUUAUAUGUCAGUGCAAAACUGCCAGCAACCAGAUGCCUUCAUUCCAGCAAUUGCUCGGAGGAAGAUUAUCAUCUGCUCAUAUACUUCUGACUAUGUGUUUACACCUAGAAGCAUUGAGUCUGUCAUUGAUACUAUCCAGACAAUUGGAGCAGCGGGGUUCAUUUUCACUAUGGGCCGAAGCCUUGAUUCUCAGCCGAUAGCAGAUGCCAAUCUACCUCUAUCGGUUCCCGGCAUUAUUCUCAGUAGUAGGGAAGCCUCUCAGGCUUUGUGGGAGUACUACGACUCUGACACCUUGAGAGGCAUAAGUGGAGGCGUUGUCAGCUUCGGAGCAACUGCAAGGAUCACAUCCUACUCAUCAAGAGGCCCUGAUGUGAACAAUGCAAACAUGCAGACAGCUGAUAUCUUAAAACCCAACAUCAUGGCUCCUGGCUCUUCCAUUUGGGCUUCAUGGAGCCCCAAGGCUAACAAUGAGCAGUACAUCAGAGGCCAGGACUUCGCGCUACUCUCAGGCACAAGCAUGGCAACUCCCCACGUAGCCGGUAUCGCUGCCCUAAUCAAACAGCGACACCCAAACUGGAGCCCUGCCGCCAUUGCCUCAGCCAUCAUGACCACUGCCAACACCACUGACAGCUCCGGCUUCCCAACCCUCGCCCAACACUCAUCGGACGUAAUCCCUGCAACCCCAUUUGACUACGGGGCAGGCCUCAUCAACCCAGCCAAAGCCAUCGAUCCCGGCUUGAUAUUCGACAUUGAUUACAAGAACUACAUCCAGUUCCUGUGUGCAGUUCCCUGGGUUGAUGAUGAGUCGGUUAGAGAGCUGGUGGGGACCGAUUGUCCGAGCUCGCGGGCUUCGUGUUGGUGCUCGGACCUCAACAUGCCGAGCGUGACGGUGGCCAACCUUGUGGGGUCGAGGAGGGUUCUUCGGAGGGUGACGAGCGUGGCGAACGAUGUAGAGAGGUAUCGGGCCGUGGUCCGUGAUCUGACGGGCGUCAGUGUGACGGUGACGCCGUCGGAGUUCACGAUCAGCCCGAACGCAUCAAGAGGUCUGAGGAUCGACCUGGUGGCAAGGGAGGUGACGAACACAUAUGCCUUUGGUGAGGUGGUGUUGCAUGGUGAUCAGAGGCAUGUAGUGAGAAUUCCGCUGGCUGUGUAUGUGACUAGUACUCUCAACGUGUAGGAGUUCUAGGUUUAGUUUCAGAGUAUGAUUGUUGCUUAGAAUGGUCCUUGAAAAAGCUUGUGAGGGAUUUUGAUCAUUUCAUGAGAGUAUAAUCUUAACCGCUUGAAAAGUUUUCAAAUAUGGGUGUGUUGAUGUCAUCAGCUUGUGUUGGAUAGAUUCUAGCUCUGUUAAUGAUCCAGUAUGGUACGGCCUUUUGGGGGUGAAUGGAUGACAAUAAUCUGACCUGGGUCUGAUAUCAUAUUCUGCCAAAUGUUAAUAUAUGUUUGGGGUUUUAUCAGUUU